AUGCUGAACUUGAUCAUGGGAAAUAUCAUACAGCCGCUCAGUCCAAGCAUCACCAAUCAUUGAUCAAAACUUAAAAGUUAUAACGUCUUCGCCCUCCGUUAUCAAGAUGGGCGCUCUUCAGAUAUUCCAACAUGUCCACUAUUCCUACAGGAACCUACGUUAUCAUGAAUGCCACAACGCACACCUACCUGAAUGUCCUCGCUUUCCAGCCCGUUCCGGGUGACAUCGUCAAUAGUGUUGGAAAUUACUUAGGAAAUGACAUGUGGAACGUGUUGAAAACGGAGUCGUGCGGGAUAACUAUACAAUCCUACGGAACUGGCGCUUUCCUCGCCUUUGAUCCCUCGAACAAAACCGACACUCCUGCUGGUAGCGUCGUCACCAGCACCUCAAUUUAUCCGUGGAAUCUACAGAAAAACACCGCAGUCCCAUAUGCCUGGUAUAUCGUGGAUAAUUAUACUGGUCAAGGGCUUUCUGUGAAGAACAACUCUGCUGCGAACGCGGCACAAGUUCUCGAAGCGAGAUUGACGCAGAACGGAAGCCAAGCUUGGUUCUUUAUCCCAAAGGAACCCCUGGCUGGUACCAACUAAUUGACAAUCAAUAUUGGAGGAAUGAUGUGCUCGGAGAGUCGAGACUUAUUUUUACCCGAUGAAUUUGAUUGAUGCAAAGUGUUGAACAUUGGGGAUCUUUAGAAUCACGAGCCGCCACGAAGUCGAAAAGAGUUGAGUGUGACUUUAAACGCGAGAGAUUUUGACCAUUGCAGAC